CCGGGAAAGCCCGUAUCAAAGCAAUGCUUUCUUCGUAUUUGCUGAUUUGUUGAUGGUGUUGCGUGACUGUUGUGGCACGAGAUGAACUUCGACAGUUGAUGUCUCUCUCGCGCAAUUUUCCCACAACAUUAACGCGCCAAGUUGGUCCUUAAAAAUCCUGUUUUCGGGGUAUGGGAUUCUCUUGGCUUUUGGUGAGAGUGUUGCGUUUUGCCAUAAGAUAAAUGGUUGGUUUGAGUGGAGGUUUGCUGCAGCGGACUGCGUUCCUGCCUAAAGCGGGCUUACAAUGACUGCAGCUCGACCUGCAAUAGCUCCUUCCUCCCAGGGUUUCCAAAUCACAUGCAUUUAGGCAUAGACCGAUCAAUAAUUUCCUAAGUCUGGGCUGUAACUUAGUGAGCGCAAUAGUUUAGGCACUGGUUUGACACACAACGAGCCUAUAAGAUGGGAGGGUCGAUGAGAUUAUCUGGACAAGUCUAGAUCAUGUUGAGGUGGGCUUUAUUACCAAAGCUUUUAUUGCUGUCCUUAAUGAAUGUCUCGCAUGACAGGCACAUUCUGAAGGCAACAAACCAUCACCAGCUGAGUUCUUUCAAAGGCGGCCUCCCGAGGUCUUGACUCAAGCUAUUAAGUGCCCUUCAGGUUUCCUGUUUGAACAUAGAGGCUGCGAAUAUUAAAUCAAUUUCCAUCUUGCUUCUCAACCUAAGGUGAAUCGAAAGAAAGAAUGAAAUGUUUUGUUUUAUGAAUAUUCUUUAUAUAGAUGGUAAUUGUUUGCCAAAUUCCAUAGAUACCGAUCUUACUCUGUGUAACAAGGUAAUGAUCUACCGGCCCUUAUUGGAUCGGCCAAUACGUGAUUUCAAUGCAAGAUUUCACCAUCGAUUCAGUCCGAUUCAUCUCUGCAAUACGUCAAUGUUCCUGGUUCCUUGAAGUUGAGUCAUGGCCGACGACCCGUCUGAUGCCCCACGUUGUAUCAGAUUGGUUUUUUAUUCACAAUUUUUGCAAUACAAAAAGCAUUUUCAGCGGCAACAUUUCAACAUUUGUCACUUCAACGACCUGAGAAAAUAUCCGGUAUCAUUGGAAAUCGACAGUCCCCAAUCGCAAUCGCAAUAAGUCGUCUCAUCAUGAGGAACUCGUCUCUCACAGAUCAAGAUCCUGAAGCAUUGGGCCCUUCACAGCAAAGCAACAGUGAAAAUGAUACCCUGGAGCCUCGCGAGGAUCAACCGCUUCUUCAAGCUCCCGAUGAAGACAGUUGGAAACCUCCUCGUGGGUUCGUCUGGAUCCAGUUGGCAAUUAUGUCGAAUGUCUUCCUCUACGGCCUCGAUAGUACGAUCACCGCUGCGACUUAUGCCGUCAUCAGCUCCGAGUUCGAUGCCGCAAACACAGCUUCAUGGUUAACUACAUCGUAUCUUGUCACUAGCACAGCGUUCCAACCUCUCUAUGGCAGAGUAUCUGAUAUCUUUGGACGACGGUUGUGCUUCUUCAUUUCGACUAUUACUUUUGCCUUUGGAUGUCUUGGAUGUGGUGUUGCGAAAAACAUCAUCUUUCUCAAUGUCAUGAGAGCAUUGACUGGCUUUGGCGGUGGAGGCUUGAUGACAAUGGCCACUAUCGUCAAUUCGGACAUGAUUCCUUUUAGAAAGCGCGGCAUGUAUCAGGCUCUUCAGAACGGUAUCUAUGGCUUUGGGGCUAUUUCUGGAGCUUCCUUUGGUGGCUCUAUUGCCGACCAUAUUGGCUGGAGAUGGUGUUUUCUCUUUCAGGUGCCAGUGUCAAUCCUGGCUCUGAUCAUUGGAGCUCUAGUCGUCUCUGAUCAGUCUGGGGGUUUCUCGCUCGAUGGCAAUCUAGGUACUGUCUGGCACAGAGUCGACUUCUCUGGGUCACUUCUCCUCGUUGUAGCUAUCUCGGUUCAACUUGUGGGACUCAGCCUGGGAGGAAACGAGCUUCCCUGGGGUAGUCCUUGGGUGAUUGGAGCCUUGAUUGGGAGCGUUUUCUUGUUUUCUCUUUUCCUCUUCGUUGAGGAAAAGACGAGGGCCAUCCCAGUUAUUCCUCUCCGCUUGCUGCAAGGAAGGUUACCAAUUGCAACGCAGUGUGCAAACGUCUGCGCAGGCAUGGCUGCAUAUGGGUACCUAUUCAUGCUUCCACUUUUCUUUCAGGUUGUUCUGCUUGACUCAGCCACCACAGCCGGUGCUCGACUUGCAAUUCCUUCACUAGCAACUCCAAUUGGCGGUCUUAUUGCUGGUGUGGUUAUGUCUCGUUGGGGCAAGCUACUUGCUCUUGUGCGCACUGGAGCUCUGUUCAUGGUACUAGGCAACGGCUUGGUGGCCUUACUCCAGUUUCAAGAUUCGAAGUGGAAGUACUUUGUCUAUGUCUUUCCCGCAAACCUUGGUCAAGGCAUUAUCUAUCCUGGUAUACUGUUUACUUCACUCGCCUCAUUCGACCACGCCGACCACGCUGUCACGGCCUCGACAGUGUACCUCAUCCGCUCGCUAGGAACCGUCUGGGGUGUUUCAGUCACAUCUGCCAUCGUUCAGACUACACUCAGCGGUCGUCUGCCGGAUGCAUUGAGUGAGGUACCAGAUAAAUGGAGAGUAUGCCCUUUUUCUUAUCACCAACUUCUGUCGUAAAGCCCUUGAUCGGAUGCUAAUCGUGCUUUCCCACAUAGGUUAUUGAGCAAAUCAGACACUCUGUUGACUACAUCCGUCAAUUACCUCCCGAUGUGCAACUCAAGGCACGUCUGGUUUACUAUGAUGGUUUGAGAUAUGCCUUUGGCGCCUCGACUGCCGUAGCCCUUCUAGGACUCUGCGCCGCCUUAAUUGCCAGCGGAACUAGCCUUCGAACAACUCACAAGUAGUCAGGAGUGGUCCAGACUUUUGAGUUCUUUCAACGUCAAAUGAGUCUCGGUUUCCUGCAUGGAGUCAAAUUUCUUUUGGCAAGCAUUCCCUGCAUGGCUUUUGCUCAUGGGCAUUGACAGAGUCCCAGAGCUCCUUAGAUAGAACCAAUUCGAUUGUUACAAUGCAUCACUUGUAAAUAGAAGGACCCAACCUCGACAACAUCCUGUGCCCGCUGAUCAGCGUGAUGCAGGUAAACAAAAAGGACAUAUUCAUCUUUGCUGGACAGCCAUCAAACAAAAAGUGUGGUUCCG